AUGGCUCGUUGCAACAGAUUAUAUGAUAUUAAUCGUUUGUUUCUUAAAGGAGCGGUGUGUCCUCUGGAUGAGUUGUGUGAUGUGGCCCAUGAGUUUGGAGCCAUCACGUUUGUUGACGAGGUCCACGCGGUGGGGCUGUACGGUGCCAGGGGAGGAGGUAUCGGGGAGCGAGACGGCAUCAUGCACAAGAUGGACAUCAUCUCUGGAACACUGGGCAAGGCGUAUGGCUGUGUUGGAGGCUACAUCGCCAGUACCGCCGCCCUGGUGGACACAGUGCGCAGUUACGCUGCAGGCUUUAUAUUCACCACGUCUCUGCCCCCCAUGCUGCUGGCGGGCGCCCGCGAGUCCAUCCAGACCCUUAAAGGGGAGGAGGGCCGCGCCCUCCGGAGGAAACACCAGCGCAACGUCAAGCUGCUGAGACAGAUGCUCAUGGACUCCGGACUGCCCGUCGUCCACUGUCCCUCUCACAUCAUCCAUCAACACCAGCUUAACGCCCGCGAGUCCAUCCAGACCCUUAAAGGGGAGGAGGGCCGCGCCCUCCGGAGGAAACACCAGCUUAACGCCCGCGAGUCCAUCCAGAACCUUACCGCAUGCUGGCCUAUACACUGAACAAGGAGAGACACA